GCAAGUGACAGGGUUUGGCAGGGGUGACAGGGUUUUGCAGGGUGGCGGAGUGGCAGGUGACAGGGUUUCGUGGAGAGGACAGGGUUUGGCAGUUGUUUGACAGGGGUGGCAGGGUUUGGUGGGUAGGUGGCAGGGUACUCCCUGACAAGUCUGGACCUGAAGGGGUGGUUGAAGGCCACUGGCUUUUCCUGGCUGUAGUGAGUCCGUUGAAUAAUGUUUGACUUGAGUUUUUCAUGAUGUCAGGUUACGUUUGUGUUUAGGAGGGAGUCAACAGUCAGCAUAGGGAUAAAAUCCUGGGUUUUCUAUGUGAAAAGUGUACCAGAGAUUUGCUUUCGCGAAAUUGCUCACAAAUGGUACAGUUAGACCUAGACUUUUACUCAUAUUUUAAAGAAAAAAACAACUGCCCUAAUUUUUAAAAGGGGAUUAUGUACUUCCAUGCUGGAAAUCUACCUUCUUUCCUUGUUUAAAUCCAUGCUGCACUUCAGGUUGCAGCAGUAAAAAUAUUCAUGUUCUGUAGUGAGUUUUUAAUCAGUAUAAAUUUAAUUUGCUAUGAUUUGAUGACGUUCCAGUUAUAGACAGAGUUCUAUAGCAAAAAAAGUUAAUCUUUAGGGACACAAAAGCUGUGGUUAUUUGGCCAGGCUGCAGUUACUCGUAGCCCCCGGCCACAUGUACUGGCACCAUCAUUUCGGUGACUUCUCAGUUUUAAUUGGGUGAAUUUAUGUUCAGCUCGGUUGCCCAAUACAGCUCAGUGUGCAAAUCUGUGAAUUUUAGAGCCAGCAUGAGGGAGGCACUGUAGAAAGUGGUUGGGGAGGCAAGGAGGAUGAAACUAGUCUUUUCAACUUCACUCUUGACUUAACAACCAGUUGGAGUGCUUUGUAAUGACAGCUGAACACGCUACUAGAAAUUAAUUUAAAGGAUUCUGUUUCAGUAAUAACUUUGUGCUUUUGCAAAGCUAAAAGAGUACCCAUACUUUUCUAUUUUACGUGAUUAAACUAUUAAAAUAAUGUUUAAGGCCUGUAUUACACUACAUACAGAGUUUUGACCCCCCCAAAUGACACUCUUAGAGCAACACAAAUGAAUGAACAAAUUUAAAGGUGUUUUAGCUGAGAUUGUAACUACAUGGUGAAGAAGUUUCUGCACAUGUAAGUCAUAAUGAAUGAAUGUAGUUAGAUGUUGCUAAGGUUUGAUUGUUCAGUAUGUCACUUACAGCUCCUCUGUUACUGAUAUCAUUAACAGGUGGCCAGCCUGUUACAGACUAAGGAUAACCUAGCCUGUUAGUCUUUUUGAAAGCUAAGGUGUUAAGGAAGAUACCAGAACAUCUGCAAAUGGGUACUUCUGCAUGAACAAGAAGUGAGGACAGAAACAGAGCUUCAGUUUCAGAUGAGAGCUCCCUUUUAUGGUCUUGCUGCAAAUAUAAAUUAACCAAUCCUAAAGAAUGCAGGAAGAUAUAUCUAUUUUGUUGUUUGCUAUCAAGUCUAUUUUACUAUCUGCUCUUCUGAUUCAUUUCUUCUGACAUUUCUCACUUCUGACAACUGUUCCGCUAUUCUGUUUCAUGUGACAUAACUUAGCGUAAGCUGUACUUUGGUGUAAGUUAGGCUGUUUUAGUACAACUGCUUACAAAGAUAUGGACUCGCCUGUUAGGUUUCUAAGUGAUGGGGUGGGAGGUAUCUUCCCUCCCCCAUUUCAGCUCCCUCAAUUUUAGCUUUGCUGUGCUGUAGUACUUUUUAAAGUCUUGGCAUUUUCUGAGAAGUACCUUAGGAAUCUAAAAAGAUAGGACUGAGUAAUUACUGUCCCUCUACAGUACUCUGUAGUAAUCAAUUGUACUGAGUUGCUUGAUUUAAGUCCUGUGUGUUUGAGAUUUGUUUGGGAUUUCUCAUGCAUCAGUAUCUUGGAGUGGGAAUUCUGAGUAAAACAAGUUUGAGUAUCUGGAAAAGUGAACAAAUAUCUCAAAACAGGGAAACAAUUUUGACCCUGGAGACAAAAGGUGCCCAGAAAGCAAGAUGUUUAUGAUAUAUAGAAGAAGCAGGUGAAACAGUGUACGUUGGCCUUAUUGUUGAUUCGAAAUUUGUAGCCCAGUGAGUAUGAUAACCAAGCUGUUCCCUUCAGCUUGAUGAAUCAUUCUGAGAAAUAAGCAUUAUGGGGGAGGGAGGAGCCAAAAUAUUGGUCUUAAAAACAAGAAUGGCUGCACUAAGUCAAACCAACCAGUAGUGCUGGUUGCAAUAGGAUUUUAAUCAGCUGUUCCUCCGUGUAAAGACCAUCCUUCUCAUGCCAGGGCAGCUCAGUUCCUUCAGCAACCACUGCUGAUGAGUCUGGCUGAAUGCCUUGUAGAAAUCCAAAUAGAUUAUAUUAAUUUGAGCUGCGUUGUUCAUACUUUAUCGAUUGCCUUUACAAAGUGUGUUCGCUUUUCCCCAAUAUAUUGUAUUUUCCAUGUGUUCACUAAUUCUGUCCUUUAGCUAGUUUGCUUGGUGAGGCUACAGGCUGGUUGAUCUGUUAUUUGCUGGACCCCACUAAGAGACUUGAGAAAUUUCUAUCGCAGGUGCCAGUCCUCUGCUAUCAGGUCCAGUUUUAAGCACAAGGAUACACAGAACCUUUCAUAUAAAGAGAGUAUUACAGACUAGACUGUAAACAAAAUAUUACAUCUGAAAACAUCUUCUUAAUGUUUUUGUUUAACGGAGGUGAAAGAGAAGUGUCCCUUCUCUGGAACUAGCUAUCCUAACUGAAGAUUUUUGCUCUCUGCCAACUAGAGGCUCAGCUGGUAAAAGGGCUCCUCUUAGUGCUCACAGAUAAACUACAAGCGAAGUUGUUUUGGUGAGCUGGAUUGGUGAUCAGAGUGAAUAUGGCUAAUUUUUGCUUACUGUUAACUGGGCGUGAAAGAUUAGGUGAUUGGCCUGAAAGGACAAUAACUGAGCUGGUGGUAGCAUGGAACAGCUGGAACUGAUAAGGUUUGGAGCCAGCAUAGCUGGAUGCAAAAGAUGACAUCAUCUUAUGGCUCGAAUGUUCUUGUUCUACUAUGCAAUACCUUUUUUUGGUUGUUCUGUAACUUUCCUUUAUUUCAGAUGCCUGCAAAGUUUGACAAAGAACCUUUCCAGAUACACUGCGGAUAUUAAGUCAUUGCCACCCAACAUAAAGGAUGAACUGAUUAAAUUAAUGAGUAGACAAGGGCAAAUAACUGAUUCAAAUAUCAGUGAGGUAUUGCACCCUGCUGUAGAGUCUCUAGACCUCCGAGACUGUGACAUUUCAGAUAAUGCAUUGUUACAGCUUUAUAACUGCAAGCAACUGAAAAAAAUCAACUUAAAUUCUUGCAAAGAAAACAGAUUGGGAAUCACUUCAGAAGGUGUCAUAGCUCUGGCCUUAUCCUGUCCUUACUUGCGUGAAGCAUCUUUUAAAAGGUGCUGCGAUAUAACUGACAGUGGAGUUCUUGCUCUUGCGCUAAACUGCCAGUUCCUACAAAUAGUGAACUUAGGCAGCUGCUCGGGCAUCAUGGAUGCAUCCUUGCAGGCACUAGGAGAGAACUGCAGAUUUCUUCACAGUGUGGACUUUUCAUCUACGCAGGUAACAGAUGAUGGCGUUAUAGCACUAGUGAGUGGAACAUGUUCAAAGAAUUUAAAGGAGAUCCACAUGGAACGCUGUGUGAAUCUGACUGAUGUUGCUGUGGAAGCAGUCCUCACUUGUUGUCCAAAGAUACAUAUUUUUCUGUUCCACGGAUGCCCAUUGAUAACAGAUCGUUCCCGAGAUGUUUUAGAGCAGCUGGUUGUAUCGAACAAAAUCAAGCAAGUGACAUGGACUGUUUACUGAUGGCUAUUUGUCUGUGUACAUACAAGUGUGAAGUUUACAGAUGAGAGAGCUGUUUCAGAAAACAGCCACCUCUGGAGAGUAGCUGCCCCGCUGGUGACUUUUGUAUCAGCAGAUGGCUUCACUCCCUGUUCCCGCCAGAGGUCUCUGUUGCCAUUCCAGUCCUCACUCUGUGAGUCAGGGCUUUGUAGUGUCUCUGCUUAGAGCCUGGUCUUUCUUUGCAUGGCUGGUCAUACUGCAUUAAGAAGAAAGUUAAAUUAUAAUUAAUAUUACUAUAUCAUCUCUCAGCCUCUUUGAAGGAUCAGAUUAGGCUACUACUUAACAUCUUACUCUUAGCUACUUAUACAAACACAUUUUAAGUAAGUUCCUGUCCUGAGUUUAUAACCUGAGAGGGUAGUCACAAUUAAAAAUAUCAAGCCCAAACAUAGUAUUAACACUUACACAGAAGUGUUUGUAAAAUUGAGGCUUAAAUCUGAAAACGGUGAGCAGACAAAACUAAUAAAUGAAAGUGGCAUUACCAGCAGUGCAAGUAUAUUUUAAGUAGUAACAAGUAGUCUCCUUUCACUAUAUACUUUCCUGGGUCUGGAGGAAAAACAGUAGAUACAUUUAUUUAUGGUGGUACUAACGCUGCAAUUUUGUUUUUUAUUUACCAUCAAAUACUUACUGGAUCUUUACAGUUCCAAAACUACAGUCUGUGAACAUAUAAGCAUAAAAUUGUCUUGAAAUUAUCAUUGUCAUUUAAGGAGUUUCAGAAUAGUAGUCAUGACCAAUAAGGGAAUUCUGUAUAUUAGCAAAUACUCAUUUGCUUGGGUUUUUGCCUGUAUUUCUAUGUGAAAAUCUUCAGCAGGAACAAAAUGCUGCUGCUCGUAAGCAUAGCUGAAAGUGAAACAGGACCAGACGUAGGCUCUGCGCACAUGAAUCUCAGGAUGGUAGAGUUCAGUUCAGUUCAUUACAUCUACAGUGGCCUACAGAAAUUGAAAAUAUAUUUAUCUGUAUUGUUCAAUUAUAGUCAUAUUUAAAAGCAAAGUUCAGUUUCUGAAGUAUAGAUAAGUUUAUUACAUGAUGUAGCAAGGGUCUUACCAAAAUUAUAAGUCAUAUUCAGCGGGUCUGUUGAAGCAAGAAACAGCUAGAGAUCUUUUAUGAUUUCUACAUUAAGCUUAAAAAUGCUAGUCAUUUUAGUGUUACACAGGGUGGGGGGUAGCACACUAUGUUGAUGUUCUGCAUCUGGAACUAGCAGGACUUAGCUAGGGAGGUUUUACAUGGAUCUGGUGACACUUAGAAACCCAUGAGUUUAGGUAACCAUAAGGAAUAUGUUUACUUUAUAAUCCAACACUGUCACAGGCCACACUCACUUCAGGUGUCACAGAAAUAAAACAGUCUUCUAAUCUAUUUAAAGUUCAGGUCAAACUGCAUUGAAGAUAGUAAUACAUAUACAUAUACAUAUAUAUAUAUAUGUAGUAAUACAUAUAUAUACAUACA